CCCACACAACGGAGAAUCGUUUUCAGCACAGCAAAAACUUAGAAAAAAAUUCUGAAAAACCUAUUCAAAAUUAAUUUAUAUGAAAUCAAUGCGCACGUUUAUCGCUUGGCCUUUGUCUUGAUCGAAAGUUUUGCCAAUAAAAACGUGUUGAGCUCGACAGCCCCAUGGAUCAGUCCAAUGGCGAUCGCAAGCACAGCCUCGAGCAGGCAACGCCCGGGGAGUGCUCCUCGCUCGGCCCGGCAGAGAGUUGCAGCAAUAAGCGCAAGCUCUACGCCAUAGAUGAGCACGAGGAGCAUUGCCCACCGACUGGGGUCGGAGCGAAGCCUGAGCCGGAGGCGGCAUAUGAUGCGGAUGUCGAGGAACUGGAGCAGCCGUUGAGUGGCCCGCUGUCGCUGAGCAAAUUGGCCAGCGAACGUGAGGUAAUCUACGAGCUGUUCCAGCCCUGGGCCCUUAAGACCUACGGGGAUCAGGCAAAGACCAAGACGAUAACGUUGCGCAAGAAGGCGCGCAUCCUGAAAGCGCUCGAGGGCAAGGAGCACAGUCGUCCCGAUAGCUCCAAGUUUCGCUUCUGGGUGAAGACCAAGGGCUUUACGACCAACCGACCCGACGGCUUCGAGGAGGCGCCCGGCAGCCGACGCCGCCUUGAACCCUUGUCCGCGACGGCUGUGCUCUCGGAUAAUCCCGGUGCCGUUGAUCUGUUUGCUGCCUCGAAAAGCAAAGAUUUCGGCCGUCGCAUCUAUCGGAAGGUGGCCUGCGUCGAGGAGUUCUUCGACAUCAUCUUCAACGUGCACAUGGAGCUGGGCGGACGCAGCGGCAUGCACGCGGGUCAGAAACGCACCUAUCGCAUUAUAACCGAGACCUAUGCAUUUCUGCCCCGCGAGGCUGUCACGCGCUUUCUGACCAUCUGCCCGGAGUGCAAGAAGAACCUGCGACCCUCCUCGCCUUCGACAGGCUUUAAGGAGGAGCUAGCCGGCAACGAGAGCUCCUCGGAAUUGGAGACCUAUUUGAAUUAUUCAUCGCACACGGAAAGCUCCUUGGAGGCGGGCCCCACGGCCAAGCGGCGGCGUCACUCCAGCGCCGAUCUUAAGCCAACCGUGGCACCGCUGGCCGCCAGCUCGGUUGCCAGCAGCGCCAGUGCCACGCAGCUGGAUGCAAUUGCUCCACCAAGUCCCACUAUGCACGCUGAGGCGGCGGGCGAGGCGGCUGGCGAGGCGUCAACGGUGGACGUGCCCAAGAUACGAGUCAAGAGCCAGCUACAGCGUCUGUUCAGUCCGCCAUCGGAGCCGGCGGCUCCACAGCCCCAACCAGUUCCCCCCACCACCACACAGCUGCCGGGCUUCGAUUUGCAGCUGCUCAAGUCGCCGGAUAAUCUGGUCCGCUAUUACGAUUUCAUGAGACGCUUCUAUGCCGGCGGCAGCGGUUCGCUGCUCGAUCAACCGGUUUUAGCUCCGCCCCUCUACGGCAGCAGCCUGCUGCAGAGCCUCAGCUAUCCAAUGAGCAGCACGGGCUGCAGCACAGUUGCCAAGACAGCGUCUGCUGCGACGGCCAGCAGCUCCUCCCCGUUGGGCUCGACUCCUUGUGCACGCUCACCGAUUGCCACGCCCGCCCCGUCCGCCCCGUCCGCCCCGUCCGCCUCGUCCGCUGCAGCCGCAGCGCCCCAUACGCCCAUAAAUCUAACCAAAUCUUCUCUUUCCAGCUCCAGAAACGGACAGCCCGCAUCCACCUCAACGCCCCUGGCUGCCGCUCCGCUCAAGCUGGAGCUGCCCAGUCCACCCAAGACGCUGCCCACGGAUCUGCGCAUACCGCAGCUGCUGCUGCGCGGCGCCUCGGCGCCGUUAGAGCAGCUGCCGCAGCCGCUGCCGCCGCUCGACUUGGAGCGCCUGAAGCCAAUUACAUCCACAUAUCUGCAGCUCACACGCAGCAUGGGAUUGAGCGACGAGGAUGCACUGCGCUUCGAUAAUCUGGUGAGUAAAGAUUUUAAAUAUACACUUUAG